CCCAUUCGACCUUACCAACCAUACCUUUCUCGUUACCCUCCACUAAUUUUUACGAUAAUCAAAUCUAUCGCCCACAGCCGUUGCAACUGCCUUUAUAAUUACCACCGCUCAGGGAUUUGAUAAAACUCAUUGGGCCCUACGCCAUGGACCAGCCACAACCACUUGCCGGUCAACCUGAACAACCCCCACCGCCGACUCUCACAAAUCCACGUUUUACUCUCGAGCUCGAGUUUGUCUCCUCGCUGGCCAACCCAUACUAUCUCUCGCACCUCGCAGUCACAUACCCCCAUCUGCUGGGAGUCUCCAACGUUGGCGAUGAAGGUGACGCGACCAAGGACACUGCGGAUCCUGACGCGCAGGCCUUCGCUGCGUACCUUGCAUACCUUUACUCCUACUGGAAAACCCCCGAAUACGCCCAAUUCCUAACUCAUCCUGGUGCCACACUCCGUGCACUACGACUUCUCCAAGAAGACACAUUCCGUCGCGACAUCAUUCGCCCCCAAGUUAUCGAAGGGCUAGCGGGGACGGGUAUUUACAACGAAGAAGGCGGCGCAACCACCGAACAGGAGGGGGAACAAGAAAAGGAAGAACAAGGGAAACAGGAAGAAGCGGGGAAUAAUAAUAAUUCAAAGACCUGAACUCGGGUUUGGGGCACCAUUGUGAAGAAGAGCCGCGGGCAUCUUCUCUUGACCUCUAGAUUCUCUACGAUAGGUCUGCUCGGCUACAACCUAAAAAGGAAAUCGUUGCGGGCGGCGGAGAAGUCUCAGGGGAUCUACAUCGGAAUGUAAAAGAAUUGGGUUUUCUCAGACCCUUUUCGCUUCUUCCCCGCGAAGUUGCUUUGAUCGAGGUCCGGACGCACUGAUGCCGCUUGGUUUGCGAUCGCGCGGAACGUCAUGUGUGACCGAGGUACGCCCGCUUUUUUCCUUGAAUAGUUCGUCAAUGUCGGCUAUUUGUGCCCUGCGAGGUGGCACAGCGUUCUUUUUAGGGUUCUCGCUAUGCCUAUGCUGCGUAGUUCGGAAUGUAGCUUGAUUCUCGGUCGGUAUCUUCCCUUAAUGCGGGGAGCACCUUCGAAGAUUUGACGGGUGAUUGUUGUGCAAUGUACGUAUCUAUCUACCAUAAAGGGAGCGCGUUUUAUCAUCGAUGACGGUAACAUGGAUUGGGGAGUGAAUUUUGUUUGGAAUUUAAGAUGUUCUCAGAA